AUGGCAACGGAAACGGCAAUUACAAACGUGAUGGUUCCUUUAAUGGAAAUGGUAACGGAAAUGGUAAUGCUGGCAGCUUUAACGGCAAUGGUAAUGGAAAUUGGAAUGAUGGUUCCUUCAAUGGAAAUGGCAACGGAAAUUUCAACUGGGGUUGGUAUAACGGAAAUGGCAACGGAAACGGAAAUUACAAACGUGAUGGUUCCUUUAAUGGAAAUAGUAACGGAAAUGGUAAUGUUGGCAGCUUUAACGGCAAUGGUAAUGGAAACUGGAACGAUGGUUCAUUCAAUGGAAAUGGCAACGGAAAUUUCAAUUGGGGUUGGUAUAACGGAAACGGAAACGGAAACGCCAACUAUUAAAUUGUACUUAUCUUGUUUAUAA